AUGACCGAAUACUUAGAAAUAGGUCAUAUGGAAGAAAUCAAGGACAAUGUAACAACCAUGCCGAUAUUUUAUUUACCACAUCAUGCCGUCAUAAAAUCAUCAAGUUUAACCACGAAGGUCAGAGUCGUGUUUGACGCGUCCGCAAAGGGAUCAAACAGUAUUGCAUUGAAUGAUGUGUUUAUGCGCGGCCCAGGUAUACAAGAAGAUUUAUUUUCUAUUUUGAGUCGGUUCCGUAAACAUCAGAUUGUAAUAACUAUUGACAUUGAAAAGAUGUUUAAGCGGGUAGAAGUGGCCAAAGAAUAUCGAGGUCUACAACGGAUAGUUUGGCGAAAGCAUUCCAGAGAAGUUUUGCGUAAGUAUCAAUUGAACACAGUAACUUAUGGUACCACUCCAGCUUCCUUCAUGACAACAAAAUGUUUAGACGAACUAGCAAGGGAAAAUGAAGUACUAAAAAGUUUCCAAAUGCAUCCAAAACGAUAA